AUGCAGGCCACGGGUGCGCAGCAAACAGCAGCCGACCAGCACGUUGCUGCCAGGGGGCAGGGGCUGGUGACUCUGGAGGAGGUGCAGCAGAUUGCGAGCUCAAGGGGGAUGGAGAUCAGCACUAAGGUUCUGGGACCCUUCUACCGCAUCGUGUGCCGCGACACCGCGGCAUCCAGCAGCAGCGGCAGCGGCAGGGCACCCAGCUCAGCGGAGCGGGCAGCUGAGGAGGCGGCGGCGGGCGUGGGCGGCCGCGGCUGUGUGCUGGCGGUGACCAGCGGCUUCCUGGUGCCGCCGCCUCUGGGCCUCAUGCACUGUGACACGCUGCAGGUGUUCACGAAAGGGCAGAGUGGCGAGGAGGGCGGCCGCACGCGCGGCGGCGUGCUGGGCCUGGGGCUGCUCAUGGGCGCCGCCACCUUUGCCUUUGGCCUGGCCCGCGGCUGCCGCAAGGCCGAAAUCCUGGCCAUCAACGACGACGAGGCCUGGCACGAGCGGCUGGUGCGCUACUACACCCGCUUUGGCUUCCAGCCGGUGCGGGUGGUGCGUGGCGACAGCCUGGCAGACCUGCCGCACAUGCUGGUGUGGGGUGGGGCCGGCACCCGCAUGGAUGCUGACGUGGAGGCCAUGCUGCGGCGCUGGACCCGGGCUGUGCGCCGCAACUCGGCGGCAGCAGGAGCGGCAGAAGCACCAGCGGCAGGAGCGCCAGAUGGAACGGCGGCGGCGGCGGCGGCGGCGGCGAUGACGGCGGCGCAGCAAGGCGACUGA